CAUAUUUAGAAUGAUUACGUUUUUCACAUCUUACUAAGAACUUAAAGUUACUGAAUAUUGAUGACCUUUUUAAAAAGUCUUACCUACUAGCAGCACUCGAUCAUCUAUUGUUGUUCCACAAUAUAAUAGUACAUCUUUAAAUGCGCAACUCUAUGAUGAUCGCUGAAUAUUGUUUGUUGAUAUUUUCUGAAGUAUCUGAGUGGUGAUAUCAUAACUUUUGUUUUUUGGAAUAAGCUACAAAUAAUUACUUCAUAACCAAACGAAGAAAAGCACAGAAAAAUGAAAAAAAAGGUUUUAUUGAUGGGCAAAAGUGGUUCUGGCAAAACUAGUAUGCGGUCAAUUAUAUUUGCCAAUUAUAUAGCUAAAGACACUAGAAGACUUGGAGCGACAAUUGAUGUGGAACAUUCUCAUGUCAGAUUUCUUGGAAAUUUGGUACUGAAUCUUUGGGAUUGUGGAGGACAAGAAGCAUUUAUGGAAAACUAUUUUGUUAGUCAACGUGAGAAUAUUUUUCGGAAUGUGGAAGUAUUGAUUUAUGUAUUUGAUGUAGAGAGCCGUGAUGAUGAAUUGAAAAGAGAUUUAAAAUAUUACCAAACUUGUCUUACUGCUAUUUAUGAAAAUUCACCAACAGCCAAAGUAUUUUGUCUUAUACACAAAAUGGACUUGCUCCAGGAAGACCAAAGAGAUAAAAUAUUUUCUGAGCGUGAAAACGAAAUAAUCAAUAUGUCUAAACCUGUACAUUGUACAUGCUUUAAAACAUCGAUUUGGGAUGAAACACUCUACAGAGCUUGGUCUUCUAUUGUCUACAAAUUAAUACCUAAUGUUAAAGAGCUUGAACAAAGUUUGAAGAUGUUUGCUGAGUUAAUGGAUGGUGAUGAAGUGUUAUUAUUUGAGCGAGCUACAUUCCUCGUUAUAUCGCACUGUCAAAGAAGUUUACACCAUGAUAUACAUCGUUUUGAAAAAGUGUCAAAUAUCAUCAAACAGUUCAAACUUAGUUGCAGUAAAGUCGCUGCCCAGUUUCAAAGUAUGGAAGUUAGGAACUCGAAUUUUGCUGCAUUUAUCGAUGUUUUUACCACAAACACGUACAUAAUGGUUAUUAUGUCUGAUCCAUAUAUCCCUUCAGCAGCAACUUUAAUUAACAUAAAGAAUGCACGAAAACAUUUUGAAAAAUUGGAACGUAAAAACCAAGCGCAUCAAAGUAACAGCAGAUAAAAUUAAUUAAGUGAACCCUUUAAUGUGAAAUGCAUACAUGUAUGUUGUCUUCAAGGGUUCACUGUUCUGUUAUGUUUUGUCGAUAAACGUUUAUUAACAAUCGUUAAUCCCGUUUGAAUUAUAUUAUUGUUUUCGAAUUAGAUAACUAAGUCGGCGGUACAAAAUGUGUUAUUAUUAUAGAUUAUUAAAUUAUUUUGAAUAAAAAUUUUGUUUGUUAAAUGAUACUCUUCAAAACGAUUGUUUUACCAUGUUAAGCAAUAAUUAAUGAAAUUUGAUUGUUUUGGUUGAAUUUUUUUUUUUAUAUAAAUAUUUAUUUGUGUCAUACUCAAUAAUAAUUCUAUUAACUGUUUUCUUGUAAACAUUCAUGUUAUACUUUCAUAUGACGUUAUACUUUUAUUGUAUGCUUUAUUGUAUAAAUGUCCAACUAGUACCACCAAUUG